AUGACAGGAAGAAUAGAAUCGUCGGGUGACGUUCAAGUUUCAACCAGCCAGCAACGAAUGUCCAGAGUCAGCUUGAGUACAUGCAACUUCACCCAACUCCAACUACGUGUCGCGACGCCCAUUCUCGCUGGCCAGGAUCUCCAUGUCAACGCUAUCUCUGCUUUCGACACCAAAUUCCACCGGGCAGCCUUUGUGUCCAUCUUGCGACUGCUCGAUCCGUCUGUUACCGCUGUUCAGGCACUUAUACUCGCCCCAGCCCGCGACCAGGCCCAGCGAAUCUACACGGAAAUCAGACGGGAAGACUUUCCUGGUUUCCGAGCCCAUCUUUGUAUCGGUGGAACAAGUGUUCGGGAAACCUAUGAACUGCUAACUAAACCUGGGCAGCAUGGGGCAGUUCACAUUAUCAUUGGCACCGUGGGGCGAGUAGAAGACCUCAUUCGGCGGGAAAUACUCAAAGUCGAUCAGCUCAAGGUAGUCUUCGUAGACGAACUCGAUGACAUUUUUGGAUUUCGUGACCUGGGGCUGCCCCUCCGAAGUCUCUUCGCGGCGCUACAUCGCGAAAGGCUGCAGAAGAUAUUCUUCACUAUCACACUGAUUCCCGAGUCGAGAAAGUUUUGCGAGCAAAUGCUCGCAAAAGAGCACACAAUGCUACGAGUUGGCCGGGACGAGUUAAGGGGCGACGAGUAG